GCACAGAGUAAUGGUGUCUUACAGCGGCAGGCCGCCACGUGCAACGCGCUCAAAAAAAGCGCUGACUGAUGACGAAAUCCAAGAACUAUUGUUUGGAGACGAGUCAGAUCUUGAUGUGGAUUCAGACUCGGGCGACGAAGCGAAAAAAUUUCAACCGGAGUCCGCGCUUCAUAGCGAAGAAAGCGACGAAAACGAAGAUAGUUCCAGUGAAGAUGAAAAUGUCAAAAACAAGAAGUUUGAGAAAACACUUUUAGAGGAACGUACACGCCAAAAAGCUGCACAGUCCUGGAAAGUGCAAGCAUUUUCGGCUCCAACUGACAUCGAAAAAGCUACAGCUUCACUAGCCUGUCAGGAGCCUCAGACGCCUUUGACAUAUUUUAAGGAGUACUUUGAGGACGACUUUUGGGAAUUUGUAGUGACAAGAACUAACUUGUACUAA